CUUAACACGAGAGCCGUAAGCCGCUCUGCGAGUGAGGUGACGGCUUCUGUCUGCUCCGGACAUCGCGUUCAAGUGCUAAACCGCUGUCUCGCGCAUGAUACAUACAGCAGAUUCAUGUCACAACUGACCGCGACCAGAGAAUCCGACGACAGAACGACAGUUUCUAAUAAAAGAGAUCCAGAUUCAUCGCUCGCGUUCGAGAAGCAAAUCAGUCCAUCGCCUCAGACGGGCACCAGAUGACGCCCUGAGGGGUAAACAUGACCUCGAACGCCAUCCGCGGGAUACGCCGCAAGAAAUCUUCGCUAUCGGAGGUGAAGGUGGCCGUCAUAGGCGCACCAGCCGUGGGUAAAAGUGCAUUAACUGUUCGGUUCCUGACUAGACGAUACAUCGGGGAGUAUGACCACCAAGGAGAAAACCGCUACAAACACGAAGUCCUGGUGGACGGAGAACCUGUACUCUUUGAGAUACUGGAUACUUGUCCUAAGAGCGAGGAAGACCUGCCAAGUGGUGAAACCCUACACUGGGCAGAUGGGUGUCUGCUGGUGUACGCCAUCACUGACAGACGUUCCUUCAACUUUGUGCGACGUGUCAAACAAAUGCUGUGCUGUGAUACGCCACUGGCACUUGUUGGUAACAAGGGGGACAUGGUGCACUUACGACAAGUUAGCACUGAAGAAGGAGAGAUACUGGCAAAGGACUAUGAAUGCUGGUUCAGUGAGGUAGCGGCAGCUGAACAGGUGACGCAGGUGGCUGAGGCAUUCCACGAACUGUGUCGUGAGGUCUUAAGUGUCAGGCGAAAGAACAAGCAGUCGCUUCUUGACCGCAUGUUGGGCAACAAGUCCGCCGGGCUCCGAGCCUAUUCGAGAGGGAAAAGUGACAGUGCUCUACCGAAGGAAUGAAGUCGAGGCCAGCUUCGCGGUCGCAUGUCCAAUUCAAAUGACACUAGUCUUCCACAAAAGAAAAUUCCUCCUACAACUUCAGAGUCAGUGCUCAAUAGGAAGAAAAUUCACAGUGAUAUCUCUUUACAUGUAAAUUUUCAAUUUAAUACACCUUUUUUUCAACCAGAACCAUUCCUCCUACCAUAUUCACCUCAUUUAAAUUAUUCAAAGACAUCUUCACUCCAACAUUGAUCAAAAUUAUUCAAAAUCUGACAGCAGCAAAGAGUGAAAUAAAGCCAUAUAGCAAGAGAGGACAGAUUACAACCCACAGACCCCCUGUGACCCAUAAAAAGAUCCAAUAUGGCCCAUUACCUUAUUCGAAUAUCAGUAAUAAGCCUGUUCAUUAAUUUUAUUUCUCAUACAUAAUAUGUCUAAAGACAGUAAGACAGUGUAUUGUUAUUGCGAGAAUUUAAGACAUUUUUAAAUAUUCAAUUUUUGGGAUCCUAACACACAAACAUUUACUUCUGUAAUUUAUUUUUGAGCUACAACUGGAUAAGAGAGCACCAGAGUUUAGGGUAUAAUGUUUAUAUUACUAAUAAUGCAGUUUUUAUGUUUGAUAAACUAUAAUCAAUCAGUCAAAUAAUUACUAAUUCUUUAACAGUUUCCAAACUUCUUCCCCCCCAACCCCCAGUCCCACUACCCCAUGGUCUGACACAGCCCAAUCUGGUCCCAGAGAAAAAAUUACCCAACCCUGCCAUAAAUGCUUCAUCUUCUGUAUUACAUUCUUACAGUCAUUAUGCAUUAAUUAACACGCGUCAACUGUUCUUCCCAAUAUGAGCCACAAUUUGUCUCAUGUAAUAAAUUUGUACUACCAGGAAGAUCCUCCUUAACCUUAUAUUCAUGUGGAAAUGCAGAAAUUAAUGCCUGUCUGACACCAUUUCAAGAACUAGCAGAACACCAACAAGAAUCUUAACAUAACCUUACUUCACGCUGGAUGCAAGAAAAACUUACAUAACCUUCUGUGAUCACAACGGAUAGUAUCCUAAAGUGAUCAAAAAAAGGUAAUUGACUCAUAUAUAUAUAUAUAAAACCUUGUGGAAUUUAUGAUUUAUUCUUUCCUGUCAUACAAGCUUUUAGAUUUCCACUUUGACCAAUCAAUUAUUUGGGAAUUGUGAGCGAGGAAGAAAAUUUCCUACAGCAAAGCAUGAGGUGGAUUGUGCACUCAGAUUAGAUGCUAAGAAGUUGAGUGAAGAUCACAAAGAUUUUAUGUGGAAAAGUCUUCAAAGAAAAUUCAUGAUAACAGCAUCAAACAUCACCAUACUAUCAAUGAAUUUUCAUAAUCAUCAACACCACAGCAUUAAGAAGACUGCCAGUAUGUGUAAAAAAAUGUGGAGCCACUUUUAAGGCAUUUUAUGAACCUCACUAUGAGUACACAGGGCAUUCGAACCCUGAAGAACAAUAAUAUACUUCCACUCUUUACUAUACAGUGUGUUUUCAACUAUGGAUAUUCUGAUAUACUUCUACAACAAACAAUAUUUGCAGCAUACAUAGGCAGAUAAAUUUGCAAUAUGGUGUGUCUAUGUGCCAUCAAUAUUUGCCCACCAAGAUAUAAUAAAUAAAUAAUAGCAUAGAAUA